CGUCCACACACCCCAGCGCAGUCCUGGUGGAUACCAACUGCCUUGAUAGAUACAGUAUACCCCCCCCUGCCCCGCCAGUUCAUCUUGAUCGAUGGUGAGCGCAAAGGAACGAAAGAAGAACAUCGUUGAGCGAAAGCUUCGGGACCUCAGUACUAUCUCAGGGCGGUACCAAAGCUCGUUUGUGCACCGCAACGUGCAUGACAAGUCACGACAUCCCCGAGAUAUGGUAUAUGGCCGACCGUGGGAAUCUCUCUUUAUGCGUAAGUCCCGGCGAGAGCGAAGGAACCUGGUCAAGCGGCCGUGGGACUACCCGAUGGGGGCUCAACAUCUCGCGGCCAUUGUGAUCCAGAAACGGGUUCGAGGGCUGCUGGCUCGAUUGUCGCUGCAGGGGUUGCUCCGCAGUCGCAAGAAAAAGAUGAAGAUGGGCCUCAUGCAUCGCUUUAUCGCGUUGCACAAUGGGAAUUUCGAGGACAAGGAGCAUUUCCGCCACUUUUGCGCGUCGCGGUUGCAGGCCUGGUACAAGAUGAAAAACGUCCGGUGGCGUUACCACCUCGACCGCCACCCAAUGUACCACAUUGCCGCCAUGCAAAUUCAAUACAAGUGGCGCAUGUUCUUUCAACGCACGCUUGUCCAUGGCGACGUGACCCCCCGCGAACGCGCCGUGAUCCGCAUCCAAGCUGCGUGGCGGUGCUACACGAACCGCCGCAUCUACCGGUACUACCGCGACCUGAUCAAUUUCCGCAACUCGGGGGACCCCAUGGUCAUGCUACGAGCGAUCAACCCGUCCGAGGCGUCGCUCUUGGACGCGUCCACGAACGCCCAGGUACGGUUCCGACUGGGGGGAUCAGCGUUCCCCCCUACCAUUUACUACAAAAUCUUCACGCGGGGCGCCGUGUGUGACAUGAACGCGUUCAGCCCAAAAGACUAUACCACGGCCCGACAAAUUGGCCCCCGCAACGUCAACAUUCGGCCUUCGCGUCCAGGCGUGGGCGUAACCAAGAUCAUUCGAGUGGGCAAUGCAUACUACGGCGCCACCCAGUGCGGCACCAACACUGGUGGGUGGUACCGUCGGUGGGACAACAACGGAUGGCGCCCCGUGACUUCCAAAGUGAUUGCCCCCACCACCGACAUUGACCCUAUCACGGUGGCGACGGCGAAUCGACCUCGGGCGUAUCAUCACUUGCGAGUGGUGCGCCAGCAGCAAGUGAUCCGCCAGCGCAAGGAGAAGAAGCGCCAGUGGAUGAAGCAACUCUACAUGGACCAUUUGCAAGGAAAAGCCAGCGACAACAACAACACCGACAUUGUGGCGGCUGCGGAGCCAGCCAUCGACUUUGAUUCACCAGAUUGGGAAGCUCAAGCGACGGACAUGUUCAACUGGGCCGACAAGUUGGAUUUUGACGAUUACGUGGCCAACUGGACGACGUUGGGCACUACCACCACGGUGCAAGACGAACUGCCCCUGGUGACAUAAAUAUACUCGUUGGAGUAUCGAAUAAAACACUCUAAUAUUUCAAAGAACUCUUACUCCAAA